AUGGAACCAUUGAAGAACGAACCACAGACUAAUGCGACUGCAUAUCCGGAUUCGGCUUCGACCUUCGAGCAUGACCUCCGCGGCAGCGUCAGCGAACCCAAGGUCGGCGAGCUUCUACCAGGUGAGGCCGAGUCAGGAGGAUUAGGUCGUCAUCUCGGAAUGUGGUCCACAGUGGCUCUGAUUGUUGGAAGUGUCGGCGCUGCCUUUAUGCUGUGGUUACUUGGUCUAGCCUCUUGUCUCUCGGGUAUGUUCAUCUGGCUGGAACUUGGUUGCAUGAUCCCUCGGUCUGGAGGCGAGAAGGUCUAUCUCGAAGCAGCUUACAAGCGACCCAAAUUGCUUGCCACCACAUUCUUCGCCUGGCAAGCCAUAAUCCUUGGGUUCACCGCAUCCGGAUGUAUCGUCUUUGCCAGCUAUGUCAUCAAGGCUGCCGGUCGCACAGCUACCGAAUGGGAGAAACGAGGUAUCGCGCUUGCUGUCGUCACCUCUAUCUGUGUUGCGCAUACUGUUUUCCCGCGAUGGGCUGUGCGUGGCAUGAAUGGUCUUGUUGUCAUUAAAUUGAUCGUUCUCGUCUUCAUUGUUGUGACAGGCUGGGCCGUACUGGGAGGCGCUGCAAAGGAUCGCAUUCCACACCCCACUGCUAGCUUUCAUGAUGCCUUUGCUGGAACUACCUCGAGUGGCUACCUUUGGGCUACAGCAUUGUUCAAAGUCUUGAACUCUUACGCAGGAUGGUCGAACGCUGCAUACGUUUUGAACGAGGUCAAGAAUCCUGUAAGAACGCUAAAGAUUGCUGGACCUUUGGGAUUAGGCAUAUGCGGUGUCUUGUACAUGAUGGCAAAUGUCUCAUACUUCGCCGCAGCUACACCAAAGGAGGUUGCCGGAAGUAAGCUCACCGUCGCUGCUUUGUUUAUGGACAAAGUCUUUGGCACUGCAACUGAAAAAGCCAUCAGCGUACUCAUCGCAAUCUCAGCAUUCGGAAAUGUCAUGACCGUCACCUUUGCUCAAGCUCGUGUCAACCAAGAACUUGCAAAGGAAGGUGUGAUACCCUUCCCUCGCUUCUGGGCUUCUGGAUGGCCAGCCGGGGCGCCAGGUGCUGGGUUGCUGCUUCAUUGGAUUCCAAGUGCCGUCAUUAUCGUUGCGAUUCCGUUUGGUGAUGCCUACAACUUUAUUCUGGAUGUCGAGGGCUACCCCGGCUCUGUGAUCAACUUCUUUGUUGUCGUUGGAUUCUUCUGGCUUCGGUAUGCCGAGCCUAACCUCGAUCGCCCAUUUCGCUGCUGGCUACCUGUAGCUGCAUUCUACAUGGUAGUGCAAGCUUUUCUCAUGAUUGCACCUUUCCUACGACCACCAGGCGGCAAAGGCGAUACUUCUCUGCCUUAUUGGUUGUAUCCAGUCGUGGGUAUCGUUGUGCUUACAGUGUCGGUACUUUAUUGGGUUAUCUGGCGCAAAGUAAUGCCCUUCAUUGGGAGGUACAGACUUGUAGCAGAUCAUGAGAAGCUAGCGGAUGGUACUGCCGUAGUGGUGUGGAGUCGGGUGAAGCGUGUCUAG